CUACGAAGGUCGAGCUCCGGAAGAUAAGAAACUGACGGGACCGCAACUCUCGCGGUAUUUCAUCGCUGGAGUCGUUCGCGUGCCUCUUCUCAGCCGCAGCUGACCCUCCUAGGAACGGUUUUGCUCGCGAGCUUCCUCAGAGGUGUGGGCGGCCUCGGGGGCGGCGGUGAGUGAGGGGCCACGGUCCGGGAUCCUCGCCGCCUUGGUGUAUCUCCAUGAAUAACUUAAAUGACCCUCCCCAUUGGAAUAUCCGGCCUAAUUCCAGGGCAGAGGGUGGUGAUGGAAGCAGAUGGAAUUAUGCUCUUCUGGUUCCCAUGCUGGGAUUGGCAGCUUUUCGUUGGAUUUGGUCUAGAGAGUCUCAGAAAGAAAUAGAAAAAGAAAGACAAGCAUAUUACCAGAAAACAAUUGCUUUCCAGCAGGAUCUUGAAGCUAAAUACCAUGAUAUUAUCUCAGAAAACCGUCGUGCAGUGGCUCAUUUGUCUUUGGAGCUUGAAAAGGAACAUAAUAGAACAACUAGCUAUCGUGAAGCUCUCAUCUCUCAGGGUCGAAAAUUAGUAGAAGAAAGAAAACUUCUGGAACAAGAAAGGGCACAGGUAAUGCAAGAAAAGCAGCAGCUACAACCCUUGAAAAGUGUAUAUCAAUACUACUUAGACAAAGAAGAAAAUUGGCAAAAAAAGGCUACCCAUUUGCUGAGAGAAUUUGAAGAAGCACUUAUAGAACGACAGAAUAUCUACUGUAGUCUGGUUCUUCCUCGAACCCGGCGCCUGGAGAUUGAGAAAAGGUUGUUAGUUCAAGCAUCCAUCGAUCCAGUUGCUUCUGACCUAGGGAUGGUAUCUGGUUUAACAGAUAUAUUUAAGCAUGACACAUAUUGUGGAGAUAUGUGGAAUUCCAACAAACGCCAAAAUGGAAGACUCAUGUGGCUCUAUCUCAAAUACUGGGAAUUAAUUGUUGAAUUGAAAAAAUUUCAGAAAGUGGAGAAAUCCAUAUUAGAAAAGUAAGAAAAGCAUGGAAAAUAGAAAAACUUCUCUUAUUGACCAUGAGUGGAAUAAUGCCAGACAGGCAUUCUGGGGUUCUGGUUUUCCCAAAAUCUUUUCUUUUUUUCACUGCUGCUGUUUAUAAGAAAUAAUUAGUUACUCGGAUUAAUUAGGGAUUCUUGGUAAGUAGAAAUAGGUGGUUGAUUAGAAGGACAAUUUUUGAAAGAGCUGAGCUCCUUUAAUUCAGAUGGAAGAAUCUUCAAGA